AUGGCUGCCUCUCAGAUGAGAGAUCGAAAGGGCGAGCCGAAGGUGCUCACGGCAGAGGAAACGAGGAAGGAGUCUCUGUCUGGGAAACAGAGCGCAGAAGGGAGACCCAGCAUCGACACGAAUGCGAGCAGCGCCAUGAGUCAAUAUGAUGCUUCCUCCAAGUCGAAGUCACUUCGAAGCUCCCGGACGGCGACAGACUCACUAUACAGUUCCUCUACGGAAGAUGCACAAUCCAUCCGAGUAUACACAAAAGGGUCGAGUCUCAGUUCUGGGUUUGCCUAUCAUCCAGCCUUGUUCGAUAUGCAGGUCCAUCCGACCAGGUGGGAUGAGUUCAGCGCCCAGGUCGUUGAAUCUACAAAGCUCAGUCUCGGUGAUAAUGCCAAUGCAUGGGCUACUGGUAUUUUGUCUUUCACCAUAUUCCCGCAUCCAUGGCACAUUGGACGAAACCAAAGCCGUCGGCUCCAAGAGAAGAGAGUCAAGACUGGUCUGAGCGAUGCCUCUGAGGGUGCUUUGGGCGAUGUAAUGCGAAAUUGGAACGAUGGCUACUUUCAAGAACGUGGCUUGGUCGCAAGAUUGGAGCUCAGCGAAGAAGCGAUGAGGUCUCCCGAUCAGCAAAGCUCUUUGAUCUCGGGAGAAGCGCAUUGGCAUCUCAAGAAGGAGGACCGUGACCGCCAUCGUCAAGAGCGCAAGUUUGUCCUUGUAGUGUCUAAAUUGGGCGAGACGUUACCACAAGAACCGGGAGUCGUGCACGAGCUUCCCGUGGAGACUACGCCAUCGGAACUGGCAGACGUCAAGGACGCAAAAUACCAUAUGGCAGAAGCUCCAGGUGAUCUACCCACGACGCCAGCGGAAUUGCCUGGCGACGGCAAGCGCGCUGAAGUGCCAGGAUGGGAUCAGUAUGCAGAACUCGAGGCCAAUAAUGAGGACCUCUUAAAGAAGGAGACCCUGAUGGUCACUGCAGACACACACGCACUUUUGAACAAAGACCUGAAAUCAGGAUGA